AGCAAUGCAGUCAUGUAAUGGCCACAGAAAUAAUGCCACCAUGGAACUGUGGCAAGGACGGGAUUCCUUUCUGCAAAAAUAAGACGGCGAAAAACUUUGAGGACGGUCAUUUCGAAAGGUUUUAAUAUAGUUAAUGAUUAUCUACGGUGUAGUGAGAAGCGUGGUUCUCCUGUGUAUCUGGACUGUAUCAAUGGUGUCGUUAAGCAACAGAGCGCUGGUCUCUGAUAAUGACCUCUUUAGGGAAGGUGUUAGCCUGGUCUCCCUGGGGCUUGUAGAGGGAGAGGGCAGUGAGGGGGGGGGCUUUACUUCCUGUUACAGUCCCGAGGCCGGGGACAUGGGGGCUCGACUCAGCUUCAGCCCUGGAGAGGAGGAGGAUGACGAAGAGGAAGGGGGCCUGCUCCGACUCUAUCUGACCCCCACAGAGGGUCUGCCUGACUUCAGCCCCCACCUGCCCUCACCCUUCUCUCCCACCAUGGAGGACAUCGAGGAGUUCCUCAGGGAGAAGAUGGAGCUGGUGAGAGAGGGGGUUCUCUUCUCUAGUGAACCCAUAGAGGAGCCAGCUCCCUCCCCUUCCAGCUCCAUGGAACAACCCCUCUCCUCAGGGGGACACAGUGAGCCAGGGACCAGCAAUGCUCUGUCACCCCCCACCCCACAAACCCCCAAUUGCCCUCACACCCGAAGCCCAUCCCCCCUCACCCCCUCAGUGUUCCUGGGAGCACCCCUGGUUUUCCAGGUCCAGUCCUUGCCUCUGGCCCAGCCUCACCCCCAGACAAGCUCUCCUCCUGGUGCAUCCAGUGGGCUGAGAUUGGCCCACCUGGUUCUGGGACUCCACGGAGGGCAGAAUGUUACCCUGCUGGCCUCACAGGUGCCCUCCACCUCAGCCACCCUUCUCGACAUAGCCAGCACGGACGCUCCAGACCAGAAGUACGUGAAGAUUGCCCCUCUACCGAUCACUGUGAGGAUUGCCAGGGGGCUUGUUGGGGCAACAGUCAUUGGGGGUCACAGUGGAGGGAUUGUGGUCAAAUCUGUGGCCCCCCCUAGGGUCAACAGACCCCCUCCUAAAGAGACGCUGAGGGUACACAAAUGUUCUCACCCGGGCUGUGAGAAGAUGUACACCAAGAGCAGCCAUCUGAAGGCCCACUUCCGCAGACACACCGGAGAAAAGCCAUACACCUGCAGCUGGCCUGACUGUGUCUGGAGGUUCUCUCGUUCUGAUGAGCUGUCUCGUCACCGGCGCUCCCACUCCGGGGUCAAGCCCUACGAGUGCUCUCUGUGUGAGAAGAAGUUUGCCCGCAGUGACCACCUCUCCAAACACACCAAGGUGCACCGCAGCCCCCGGCCUGGCAGAAUCGUCAGAACUACCGUCUGACCCAGCCAGCAUCUCGACACAGCAAACCCAGCUCAGCCCAGUCGUGAUCCUGAUGCCACCCUUAACCCCGUUGCAGCACUUGACCUAGACGGCAGAAUUAUUAGUACCUGCCUCUAGAAUUCAGAGCAGCCUGGUCCCACACCUACACCCUGGCUGUGCCUGCCCAACCCUGCCCAGUCCAACCUCAACCCGACCACAGGCGAACAGACUAAUCAGACUCAUCCACCCAGACCUUCCCCAGGAAGGCCCCGUUAGGGAGUCUGAGUCCUCAUCAGGACACUGGUGCUACAGGAGCAGACCUGGGCCAGAACUUAGAGUAGGGUUCUGAAUCUGAUUCAGACCCUGCUGAGCUCUGCCCUCUUUACCCUCUCCUCUCCUCCCUCCUGCAGCAGAGCAGAUGAGGGCUUGUCCUGGUGCUAGACAGUGAACUAACAGGUAACGGCCAUCUCAAGGAUGUGAUUGUUCAGCUUAAAGCGGAUUUCAGGCCUUUAGGUUAAAUCAAAUCCCCCUGCCACACACACAUACCUCGCUACCCUUAGCAGAUGACAAGUGUGACAGGCAGCUGCACAAGGUCUAACUCUCAGAAGAUAAUGUUGUAUAUGUCAUUAGAUUGUGUUUAAAAGACUACACUGUCACACAUUCUAUUCUACAUAUUAUAUUGCUCUGUGAAUCUGCUUCAGGAGUUAGCCCCUCAAGACAGUUUGAGGUAAAUGCACUGGCCCAGCUCAUUCUAGCUCAUAAUGUGCUAUUAGCCCAGUUGAAAUUUGAAAGUACUGUGUUGAUAUUUGAGCUGCCAGAUUCUCUCAGAGAACAGGUUUGAGUCUAAAUCUCUUACAUAUCCCCUCCUGCUCCCCAUAGUGCCAACCCUCUGGCCCAAUCACAUCCCCCCCUGACUCUAACGGCCAAUUCAGUACUGUUAUCACCGCUUCCCUGACCUCGUGCCUCUUCCCACUCCCUAAAAGACCUCAGGGCUGCAGACUAGUGUCUGCUAGUUUUCACCAUGGUGCUUUACUGGUCCAUUAUGUAAUAACUGGUUAGUUAAGAGUCCACUCACAGCCACCUGGUUUGCGUCAGAUGCUGAUUGAAGGCAAGUAACGGAGUGAAAACCAGCAGACACCGCAGCCCACCUGGUCCACACUCUUAAACCUAUAAGCUCUUUUACUUUCUUUAUAUGUCUUUGAAAUCAAUGUUAAACUGACAAAAGAGACUCGGCGAAAGCUACUUAUGUGUAUACUGUAUGUUUUAUACAUGGGCUUUUCAAUGCAAAGCAAUCCGAUAUGAAGAAGUGCUUAGUCAUUUACAGUAGUAAAGGUUAGUAGGUUAGGCCAGCAAGCAAAGCUAGUCAUUUAUAGUGUACAGUACUGUACCUGAAAAGGGCAGCUGAUCGUUGUCCAAUCUGUGUCUGUAAAAUAUAACAUUUACAUGUACAGAACAUAUAGAAGCUCCUUUCCAGAAAAACCCUUAGUCAGUACAUUAAGCUAUCCAGUGGUGUCUGUGCUUGGUGAAACUGUGGAAUGUUAUUGAGGGGUCAUCUGAUCAGCCAGACGGGAGUUAAUUAUGAGACUCACUCUUCCAUUAAUGAGUUAACCAAUCACACCUCAUCAAUAUUAGCCCUCUGUUUUCAAGUGCACUUAUGUUAUCAGGUCCAGCAGGAGAGGGUUAAGCAUGGAGAAAAGUUAUAGGUAGCCCAACGGCUAAGGAAUUGGACCUGUUGCUGAAAGGUGUCUGGUUCAAAUCCUGUGGCGGGCACUGGAAAAAUAGGUGUGAAUUGAUCUGGUAACUGAAGGGCUGCUGGAUUCACAUCCUAAAGAUGUUCUUCUACUGUUGGGCCCUUAACCCCACAGCAUGCUUUCCAUCCAGGGGCCCUGCACUGCAGCUUGACCCUGUGCUUGUCUCAACUGUGUGUGAUGUGUGCUGUAAGACAUGGACAAUAAAGUUGUUUUCUAAAUGCUAUGCCAAGGACUGGAGGGCUCUGCUACCAGUAUGUAAGCUGUGUCUCUGGAUUUGAGUGUAAAAUGUGCUUUUUCAACAGGCUACUGCACUUAGGAAACCAUAUAGAGAAAACAAUUGACUUUUCAGUGUAGCAGUUUUGGCCCAUAUUCCUUCAGAGAAACCAGAGUGGGUACAUGCGCUUUAAACCCACUUAUAUUGUACUCAAAUUUCCAGUCCAUCACUCACAUUUGCCAUCCAUCCCAGUGAUUCAGAAUUUAUGAUGAGCCAACCUUUAAAAAAAACAAAACACAUUUACCCAUUUGGAUGGGUAAACUCAGAAUGGACCACCACAUCAUCAAUAUCACUGGCAAUCAUCAUCAUUAAAUGGCAUCUUGCCAUUACAGAAACAGUUUGUUGUUUUUUAACAUUGUUUGUGUAUUUCUUUCUUUGGACAUGACUCGUUUGAUUAGAUCACGACCACAUCAACCCACCUAGACCUACGUCUGACCCAGCUCUGUGUCCAUGGCUGAUCGGGUCCCUCUGAUUCAGUCCUAUUGUAAAUAUUCCCCUUUCUGCCUUACUUUCAACCAUAGGUCGCUCUCUCCCAGUAACUCUAUCUAACUACUGUAAUAAUUCAGUUCUGCUGAAAUACACGUUAAAAAAAGAAUUGAAUACCAGAAAUGCUAUUUUCCUAUGAAUGAGAAUAAAGGAUAAGAAAAUGUAAA